ACCGAUCACAUGUCAACGUGAAACAUAUCAGUAUGAAAUGACACAUAUCACAAAACACAAAUGAUAUCAAAAAGAGGAUUUUAUAUGCAUUUAAACAGGACAACAACGUCAUAUUAAUGUAUUUGAAUAAAAACUACCACAUAUCAAUACAAGCAACUUCACAUUUCAAUGAAUUACUCAUAUCUGUAUUAGAAAUAUCACUCAUCAGUAUUAGAAGAGUAUAAAUGAUAUUGGUAAGCACAAACUUCUUCCCCAGAAAACUCUGGACGUGAUUUAAAGUUUGUAAGUGGAACAAAUUGCUGCAGAAACUUCAAGGAGUAAAUAACAAUUUUUAACUCGUUUGCUUCAGUGUGAUAUGAAAUCUAAAUGAUAUUAGUAGAAGUGAAAAUAUCAACAAUAUCAAAAGACUAUAUACAAAUUUAUCAUCGGAUCCUUCAAGUGAUUAAUUAGUAGUGUGUAAAUAAUAGUUAUAAAUUUAAAUAAAAAUGGGUUUCUUACUACGAAGACGUUCAAUGCUUCUAAAAGCAGUUGGACUCCUGAGUGCGGCGUGGUUCGUGGUAGCAAUUGUAAUGUAUGCCGAUGACCGAGGUUCACAUCCAAAUGUUGUACAUCAUCAAGUUAUGCCUCAGCAACCUCAACAAUUAGUACAAGUGGUUGAACCACCUGCACAAUUUGCACCAGUAGUUAUGCCUCAUCAUAAUAGAGAAAAAGGACAUAGCAAGGAGCUGCCAACGCCUAAUAAGAAUGAUGCCAAGAGGCGAGGACCAGAAGAAGGUGACGGAGGUGUUCUGCCCGCCCCCGCCGAGAAUCCCAACCUGGACGCCCCCGGCGAGAUGGGCAAGCCGGUGCAAUUGCCGGCUAAUAUGAGCGCCGAGAUGAAGAAAGCCGUUGAUGACGGAUGGGUGAAAAACGCUUUUAAUCAGUACGCCAGCGACCUCAUCUCGGUGCAUCGAUCGCUGCCGGACCCCCGUGAUCAAUGUAAAGGUCCUAGGGAGGAAAUUCCCAAAAGUGUUAUAAAUCAUUUAUUUUUUGGCCUCAUUUAUGGUUUGAAAACUUGUCGAUAA